UCAACUUAAUUUUAAAAUAGUUUGUCAAUUUAAAAACUUAAAGUACAGUGUAGUAAAGUACAAAACAUUUCACUGCUUGACACAUAAGGAAGUUUAUAAAUAAUCAACUUAAAAACUUGAUAAAAAAGCUAAUUCCACUAAGUCAAUAUAGUUUAUUGGUUGAACUAAAUUUCAUUAGAAAUUGUCUCAACUCAGAAACUACGGAAGAUAAUCUAAUUGGACCAACUUAAUUUUUAAAAUGUUUGCCAUCUUUAUGAAUGAAUGAAUGGAUGAAUGAAUGAAUGGUUUCAUUUCGGUUACAAAGUUAUAGUACAAAAACUUCAUUUUAUGCAUUCAAAAAAAUAUAUUAUACAUUCUUGCAAGAAUUUCCUUCCCCCCCAAAAAAGAAAGGAUCAAAAAGAAAGGAAAAAAGACAAAAAAACAGACCAAACAAAAACACAAAAAAAUCAAACAAAAAAAUAUACAUAUAUAUACAAUAACAUAUAUUCACAUAUCUAUACAUGUACACAUACAUACAUACACACACACACACAUAUACAUCUUUAAAACCUGUGUUCAUAAUAAUAUUAAUAAAGCACGUAAUUCAUUUUAAAUAAUCUAACAAAACUAGUUGGAACAACUUAAUAUUUAUGAUUUAUCAACUUAAAAACUUUCAUUUGUGCUAAUUCCUCAGGUUGUUGGUUGAACAUAAUUUCAUAAGAAGUUGUUUGAGCUCCAAAAAAAUUUGAUGCAACGUUGUUUUUUUAAUUGAAUAGGAUUGGAAACGUUUAAAUAACGUAGAAAAACUAGUUGAAACAACUUAAUUUUUAUUAAUAGCCAACUUAAAAACAGUCAUUAAGUUAUUAAAAAAUACCUUUAAUUCUAGAGGAAAAGCUCAUUCUAAUAACUCAGUAUAGUUUGUUGGUUGAACUUAAUUUUAUUAGAAGUUAUCUGAACUCAUCAAAAUUGAUGCAGUGUUGGAUAAAUUUUUUAAUUAUUGAGCUAAAACAUUAUUAUUUAGAGUGUAGAAUAGAACUUAAAUUUAGCACCUUUAAGUCACAAUUCAAAGUGCUUUAAGGCAUUAAAAUUUAACUUUUUCAAAAAAUUAUCAAAUCUGCAGCCAUGAGUGUCAAUUAGCAUAUAAUGCUAAUAUACUAACAGUAAUAGUUAGUGAGAUAUCUGUAAUUAUAAGUAUUAAAAACACAAAUAAUGCAGUAUUUACCAAAUUUUGACCUUGAUCUUUUCCAGGAUUAUAAAUGAGCAGAAAACUUUAGUUAAUUAGUUGUUUCUCAACCAUACAGUCUUUAUUUGCAGGUUUUAUGCUAACAUAAAGGAUGCUAUGCUAUAAAUGCUAAAGAGAAAACAGAUGAUUUCCAUCCAGCUAGCAUGCAACCAAUCACUGAGGAGGAAAAACUGACUCCUUUAACUCAAACUAGUUUGUUGGUGGAACAUAAUUUCAUUAGAAGUAUUUUUUUUCGCUAAAAAACAAACUGAACUUUUUUAGUGGUUGAACUAAAACAUUAUUUCUUUAGAGUGUAGAAUAAGGAAAGUUUAGUGACAAUUCACAAAGAUAAAUGAUCAGAAAACUUGAGUGAAUUAGAUGUUUAUCAACCAUAAAGUCUGUAUUAUGAAGACUGCUAUGCUAUAAAGUGACUAUUUAUAUCCUACUAAUUUAAAAACUGAGCAGGAUUUAUACUUUUCUCAUCAUAAACAUCGUUCUCGUUUCAUAUUUCUGUUCUAACCUGCCAAUAAAAAGCAGAGAUAUCUGUAAUUAUGAGUUUUAAAAACACAAAUAAUGUAGUUUUGACCAAAUUUGAACUGUUAUGAUCUUUUCAAGGAGAUAAAUGAGCAGAAAACAUGAGUGAAUUAGAUUUUUCUCAACCAUAAAAUCUUUAUUUACAUCAUUAUGAAGGAUGCUAUGAUAUAAAGUGACUAUUUAUAUCCAACUAAUAUUAAAAACAUACUCUUCUUAUCAUAAACAUCAUUCUCAUCACAUAUAUUGUAGUUUUUACCAAAUUUGACCAGGAUGAUCUUUUAAAGGAUAAAUAAAUAAAUAAGCAGAAAACUUGAGUUAAUUAGUUGUUUAUCAACCAAAAGUCUUCAUUAUAAAGGACGCUAUGAUAUAAAAUGAUUAAAUAUAUCCAACUAUUUAUAAUUAAAACUGUGCAGAAUUGAUACUUUUCAUAACCAUCUUCCUCCUUGUCAUCUAAUUAAAACCAGAGCCAGACAGGAAGUGGCGGUUAAUUGUGAUGUUUUUUUCUUAUUUCUUUAUUAGUGAUUUUUCCAGAUAAUUCCACCUUAAGAGGCUUCUUUUGGUUCCAGAUGGUUUAUAACAGCCCUAUUCAAUUAGCGGCCCGCGGGCCACAUGCGGCCCGAAAGCAACCCUCGAGUGGCCCUAAAGCAACUGCCGAGUGAUUGGGACUUGGGUCCGACAAAAACAGAAAAACAUCUUUCAGUAACACUGACAAGUUCUUACAAAAAUUCCAACAUUAUUCGCAAACAUUGAAUGCAACACUUACCGUAACCUAGCAACUAACCCACAAUGCCUUGCGUUGAGGAGACGCGUUUGAAAAGUUAACAUUAGCAGUUCUAUACAGGCGAAAAUAGCAGCGUGUCUUUUUCUAUCCUGAAACGACAAAUCGGCGAGGAAAACCGUCGGUUUAAUCCUGCGUGGACUGACAAGUAUUUAUUUAUUUACCACCAAGUCUGAACGCCAAACCAAUGCGUUUACUCUGCAACGAGUGCUUUGCAGCGCUGAAAGAUUAUCAUGUCCGAAGACACCACAUUGAAAAAACAUGCCGCGUUUCUGACAAACUUUCCCGAGGGACGUCAUGAGAGAGCGGCUAUAAUUCAGAGUUUGACUGCAUCUUACAACCGGAGCUGUACUACAAUGAAGCGGACCUGCACAGCUCAGGAAAGGGCCACGAAAAAGAGGCCGUUCACAGACUCAGAAACUGUGAAGGACUGCAUGUUGGCUGUCGUGGAUGAAGUUUUAACGGACGAUCAAGUUAAGACGAGUGUGGCAUCUGCUAUCAAACAGGUCUGACACGUCAAACAUUCUCGCCACAGAUGUCUUCGAGACAUGAAAAACAUCUUCAGGACUGAAACUCAGAGGAGAGAAGCCUCCAGCAGGGGGCGACGCUCCACCACGACCUGCAGCUCAGAGUCCUGCUUCAGGACCAGGACCAGGACCGGGACCAGGAUCAGGAUCGGGACCAGGACCAGCACCAGGAUUAGGAUCAGGACCGGGACCAGGACCGGGACCGGGACAAGCACCAGGACCAGGACCAGGACCUGGACCAGGAUCAGGAUAGGGACCGGGACCAGGACCGGGACCAGCACCAGGAUCAGGAUCGGGACCGGCACCAGGACCAGGACCAGGACCAGGACCAGGACCAGAGCCGGGACCGGGACCAGGACCGGGACCGGAGCCAGGACCUGGACCAGGACGAGAGCCAGGACCAGGACCAGGACCAGGACCAGAGCCGGGACCGGGACCAGGAUCGGGACCGGAGCCAGGACCUGGACCAGGACGAGAGCCAGGACCAUUACCAGGACCAGCACCAGGACCAGAGCCAGGACCAGGACCAGGACUGGAAGCUGAACCUCUGGUCUCCUCCUCAGAUGGAGCUGCUGAGGAGCUCCAUGAACUCUGGAGGGUUUAGACCCCAUCAGCUGCUUCCUGCCUGCUGAUGUACUCUGACAGAGUGGAGGCCUCCAGCGCUCUGCUGGGCUGGAAACAAUCAGCUCUGACAGGAUGGAGGGAGGACAGAGGAGGACAGAGGAGGACGGAGGAGGAUGGAGGGAGGAUGGAGGAGGACGGAGGGAGGCAGCGACCCCCGAGGCCUCUGGAUGACGAACUGGAUAGAAAAGACCUGUCAGCUUAACAGAAACAACACAGAUGGAUAGAUAGAUAGAUAGAUGGAUAGAUGGAUAGAUAGAUAGAGAUAAAAGUCCAUUAAAAGACUAAUCUAAUUGACUAAAACAGAGAGCAAAGACUUAAAAUGCCAAUUUUUAACAAAAUUUUGUCCAGAAAUCGUCUAAUUAUGCAGGUUAAUGUGGAUUAAACUAUUUUCAACUAUUAAAAUAUCCAUUUUUUGUCACUAUUACCCAAGAUUUCUGUUUAGUAACACAAAAUGAACAGAGUACUGAGAUUACAAAAGAUUUGGGGACAAGAUUAGGCAACAAAAGUCAAUAAAAAGACCAAUUUAAUGGAUUAAAACAGCUGUAAUUCUCCAUUAAAGUUCAUGCUUAUCAUUCAGUCUUUGGUUUCCAGUGACUCCUUGAACUCUGGAUUUCCCACAGAAUCACUGAAACAUGAAUCUUUGUCACUUAAACAAUCAUGAAUUUUGGUACUUUCAUAGAUAAAUUAAAGGUUUUCUGUAAAUCUAAAAAAAAAUCUGCAGGAUCAUAAAUAUACAAACAACAACUUGAAUCAGUUUUGUUGAUGUAUAAAGUUGUGUCAGUCUAGUUUUUUUAGUUUCAUGUACUCUUAUCUUCUCCUGAGUGAUUCCAGUCAACUACAGCUGCUGACUCCUCUGAUCCGGUUUAAAUAGAACCAUUAGAUCCACUCAGACUCAAAUACUACAGGGGGAAUGUCUGAGGAGCUCAGCAAACAUCUGAAGAAGGAAAUCAUCGACUAGAACCAGUCAGAAAGUCACUUGGAGCCAUUUGAAAGCAGCUUCAGAUCCAGAAUCAUCUUCAUGGUCCAGGUGUGUUGCUGCUACCAUCAGGAAGAAAACACAAACUACCACCUGCUGCUGAGAGACCACUGGUCAGGAUGGUCAAGAGUCAACCAGGAACCAUCAGAAAGCAGGUCUGAAGGAAUGACAAGCUGCUGGAACACAACUGUCAGCAUCCAUAGGGUUCUAGAGGAUCCGUGAAGAAGGAAGUUCUUCCUCUAGAAGCAGAACCUUAAAGCUCCACUCAUCACAUGGACAAAGAAAAGGUUCCAGAGGAAAGUUCUGCGGUCAGAUGGAACAAAAACUGAAGGUGAGGCCUUCAACCCCAAGCACACCAAACCUACUACCAAGCAUGGUGGUGGCAGUAUCAUGCUCUGUGGAACUGGAGCUUUUCACAAAGUAAAUGGAAUAAUGAAGAAGGAGGAUCACCUCCACGUUCUUCAGGAGAACCUAAAACCAUCAACAGAAGGUUGAUCUUGGACACAGUUGGAUGUUUCAACCAGACAAUGGGCCCAAACACACAUCAGACGUGGUAAAGAAAUGGUUCCAUCAGGCUGGAAUGAAGGUUCUAGACUGGUCUCCCCAAAGUUCUGACUUAAACCCAUCAAGAACCUGAAGAACCAAAUCAAAAAGAUGACAAAUGUAGUGGAACUGAACCAAUUCUGUCCAGAGGAGUCAAAGAUAAACCAGAAGACUUUUAAUAAAUCUAUGAAGGACUAAAAUACAGGAUUGUAUUUAUUGUGACAAAAAUGUGUGUGUGUUUUACUGAGUUCUAGAAGUCGUUAUAAACUGAAGGCUGGAAUCACAAACAUGGUCUCUACCAGUAAGGUAAACUUCUGUUCAUGCCUGUACAGAACAUGUUUAAUAUUCUCAGAUGUGAUGAAUCAACAACUCAAAAAUGACACAAAAUUACUAAAAAAGUGACUGAAAAUUACUUCAAAUUGGUCCAAAAUGGUUUAAAAUUUGUCUAGAAUUGCUCAAAAAUGGUCCAAAAUGACAAACAAUUGGUUCAAAAUUACUUAAAAUUGGUCCAAAAGGUUUAAAAUUUGCCCAAAAUGACUCACACUUACCGAAAAUGACAAAAAAAAGGUCUAAAAUGAAUAACAAUUGGUUCAAAAUGACUCAAAAUCUGUCCAAAAUGACCAAACCUGUCCAAACCGACUCAGAAUUGACUUGAGACCUGUUCAAAAUUACUUUAAAAAUGGUUUAAAAUGACUCACAAUUGGUCAGAAAUGACUCAGUUAGUGGUAAAGAAAUGGUUCCAUGAGGCUAGAGUGAAGGUUCUAGACUGGUCCCCCCAAGUCCUGACUUAGACCCAUCAAGAACCUGAGGAACCGAGUCAGAAAGACAACAAAAAAUGUACAUUGGUUGUGUUUCUGACUCAGACUUGAGUCAGUUAAAUCGAUAGUAUAAUGAUACUGCCACCUCCAUGCCGGACAGUAGGUAUAGAGUCCAGUGGAGUCAAAGAUAAACCAGAAGAUUGAAACCAGAAGAACCAAACUGAAGAGGAAAUGGACAAAUUUAACCAAAUAUUAACAUUUCUGUUUAUGACCCAACGGAUAUCAGAUGUAGAUAAAAUGAUCCUUUAAUUAUCUAGAACUAGUUCAGUCCAACCAGCUAUCAGACUUACUGAUGGUUGGUAGUUCACUGGUUCAUGAUAAUCCUCAUUAAUCUACUGAUAUCUUUGCUAAAUCCGGCCAAAGACAAGAGCCGAGACUCUUCAAGUGUCAUCAAAUGAACAGCAAUGUGUGAAGUUUAACACAUGAAUCCUGACGAAAGUUUAAUUAAACUUCUCACUUAGUCAUUUUCUAUUAUUUCACUUCUGCAGGGUUCACUUAUUAAGAUCUAACACUUUUGUCACCUUUUGUUGCUCUGAAUUACCUCGAUGUGACUCGAUUUAAAUGGAAAAAAUCCACUUUAUCAGAGCUUGAUCUGUUAUUAUACAGAUCAUUUGGUUAAAACUCACCAAAAAUAGACAUUUUAGUGAGCAUAGAUGGUUAAAAUACAGAAAUGCAGCUUGUUUAAUGUAUAAAAUUAAGUGUUUUUAAUGACUUUAGUCGUCUUUGUUGUAAUCCACGUUAUUAUACAGAAUUUAAUCGUUAAUG